CUGUCCUCUCCUCAGUCCACCUGGAACCCAGUCCACCUGCAGACACCUCCAGACGUCCAGCAUCACUGUGUCAGAGAGGGAUGUCUGACCAUUGAGGGGUCCAUGAGGAGGAGAGGAGACUCCCCCAGUCUGUGAACACCUGACGGCAGGAGAAGAAGAAGGCCAGCUGAUCUAUUUAUAGCAGAGUCCCUCAGAGUCUCAGACCCGAUCUGUCACAGUCCUGCAGUCCUCCAGACCUUCGUCAUGCCCGGCAGCCAGGCCCGGUCCCGGGCCAGAGACCGGAACAACGUCCUGAACCGGCCCGAGUUCAUGUCCCUGAACCAGCCCCCUCGCAGGGAACAGGGGCCAGGGGAGGGGCGGGGGGGCGGUGGUCCGAAGAGAGCCACGUUCAGACAGCAGAGUCAGCAGGAGGACACAGGACUGAGGGGGUCCAGGGACUCCUCAGAGGGGGGUCCAGCAGCUGAUGGGGGGGUGAAAGACGGGUCUCGUUGGCCGGAGCAGGACUGCAUGCAGCUGAACCCGUCAUUUCGAGGCAUCGCCAUCAACUCUCUGCUCGCCAUCGACAUCAGCCUGUCGAAGCGCCUGGGCGUGUGCGCCCGGCCCCAUGGCCCCGGGGCACCGCUCCGCUCCAUGGUGACCCUGCUGGCCCUCAGCGGACAUGCCCUGCCGUGGCUUUUCGGGACUCUGAUCUGCCUGUGGAGGAGCAAUACACUGGCCGGACAGGAAGUCCUGGUCAACCUGCUGCUGGCUCUGAUCCUGGAUUUGAUGACGGUCGCCGGGAUGCAGAAGUUGGUCAAACGCAGAGGACCCUGGGAUUUCCCUCCAGGGCUUUUGGACUACAUCGCCAUGGAUACAUAUUCUUUCCCAGCAGCCCACGCCAGCCGAGCUGUCAUGGUGUCCAAGUUCCUGCUGAACCACCUGGUGCUGGCGGUGCCCCUGAGGAUCCUGCUCUACCUGUGGGCCUUCCUGGUGGGCGUGUCCCGAGUGCUGCUGGGUAAACAUCACCUGUCGGAUGUAGGAUGUGGAUUUGCUCUCGGCUUCCUGCACUUCACUCUGGUGGAGUCUGUUUGGCUGGACUCUGCUACCUGCCAGACCCUCAUCUCCAUUGGCACGCUCCGCUGGACUCUGCUGGUUUAGAAACCAGUUCCUGCUGGUUUAUACUGGUUCAGAUUGGAAUAAGACCAGUUUGGACUGGUUUUAGACUGGUCCUUUUAGAUUCUUCUACCUGCCAGAUCCUCACGUCCAUCAGCAUGCUGUGCUGGACUCCACCGGUUUAGACUGGACACUACACUUUUUUAAACUUGUUUGGACCAGUAUGAACUAGUCUGUACUGGGUUGGAUUGGUUUAAGACUGCUAAAAUAAUCCUGUCCCAGUCCAGUGUGGACUGGUCUGAACUGGUCCUGCUAAAUUCUGGUUCCUGCCAGACUUCACCUUCAACGGCAAGCUGGACCCGACUUGUUUGGACUGAUUUAGAAAACUUUAAGGCUGCUGUAGUCCACCUGGGACUGGACUGGUUUGAUCUGGACUGGACUGGUCCUGCUGUGCUGUGUUUCCUCACAGACACAUUAAGAUUUCUGCAGGAACCUGUUCAGAGUCCUGAUCCCGAUGUCCCUGGUUCAGGCUGUGGUUUGGUUGAUUUGGUUGCCUGGAGGACUUGGUCUCUGACAUGGUUUUAGUUUAGAAUCUGAGUGUGUGUGUCAGGUGUGUGUUGCUAGUAUUGGUGUCUCAGGUACUGAACAGAACCGGUCUGAGGACCAUCCUGUUUUCAAAAAUGACGUUUGAUCAGUUUGACAUUUGUUUGUUUGUUUGUUUCAAUGAGUCUGGUCCGGGUAUCUAACAGCUUUUAUUCUCCUGUGGUUGUCAUGCCAACAAAAACAAAGAUACGUCUGAGGCGACAGCUCAUUCUUGACCUUUGGCAAAACAAUCUUCACUCAAGGUCAACUUACUGUUUCCAGAGCUUUUGACCACAUCUGUCAGUCUUAAUCAGUGAAUCUUUUUUUCGUCUGUCCAUGUUUCAAUAUAAAAACUAAACUGAUGAAACUUUGAAGAGUUGAAAAGUUUGUUGUCAUGUUACUAAACUUAUCAACAACAACAAACAACAACAAAAACAAGCUGAACUCAUGAAGAAAACAUCGUCACAUUAACGUUAUUUUAUUUUCCUUUGAACAUUUUUUUUGACUAAAACCAAAAUGUCUUCACAAAAAUCAAGAACUGAUUUAAACCAAAACCAGAAUCUGGUUCAGAUGUGAACCGGUCUCACAGGAACUCAGAUCUGGACCAGAACCCAGUGGGAGCUUUGAUCUUAUGAUCACAGGUAACUCGUUUAUGGUGGCAGGCGGAAAGCUCUGGAAAAAGCUAGUAAGUAUCCCUUUGGUGAAGCUGAUUUUGUCAGUUUAAAUCAUUUAUUUUAUUUUUUCAGCUGCUUGUGUUUAAACAGAUUGAUGGGAAAAUGUGAUUAUAAUAAUAUAUAUAAUAUUGAUUAUUAUAAUAUAAUAUUGACUGACAUCACUCAGGUGAUGAAAAAAUGAACAUCUGGGUUUGACUGUUUGCCUCAAGUGUGAUCAGCUGAUGUGGUGAUGAUGUAAAAUCAGCUGUUUUCUGAUGGAACUUGACCUGAACUCAGAUCUAUGCAUAUGUUUUAAUGAACUGAAUAAAAACUGUUUUUACUCUACAGUAA